GUAAAAUGUGUAUGUCUAAUAUAUCAUAUUGAUUUCCUGUUUGGUAUGGUUCAUUUAGCUGUUGCAGUAUGGAUACGCAUACAGCAGUUGAAAUUUGGGAAGGUUUUCCCAAAUCACAUCUGCUUCGUUUAGUAAUGCAGUUAUUGACCGACAUGGGCUAUAGAGACACAGUAUCAUCAUUGGAACGUGAAUCAGGAUAUCUUUACGACACGUCUUGUGUUAACGUGCUUCGGGAGAGUAUCCUAAGCAAUGAUAUUAGGAAAGCCCGUUCUUUGUUAUCGCAGGUUACAUUAUCGCAUGAAGUAAGGAUGGCUUGUAUUUUUUUGCUAUCGCAACAAAGUUUUGCCACGGCAUUAUAUAAUGAUAAUUUGGAAGAAGCCAUCCGUAUUCUCAGUGAGGAUCUAUCACUGACUGCGUUUGACGAGGAAACUGAAGCUCGUGCGAACAAAUGUGCCAGUUUGAUAAUGUAUCCAAGCCCUAGAGCAGCUCUUUCCAAAGAGCUUGCUUGGGAUAUGGAUACCUCGUGUACAGUUUUGUGGUCUCGCAUAGAAAAGUUGUUAUCACCCGAGAUGUGCGUGCCCAGUAAUAGAUUGCUGACUUUACUUUACCAAGCUGUUGAGUUACAGGAGUUAUAUUGCAAGAACCACUUUUCGUGGUCGCGUAGUACUGUUAUGAAUUUAUAUGAGGACCAUUCUUGUGCCUCAUUGCGUAUGCAAACAAGAUGCAUAGCUCGUCUGCAUGGCCACUUAGAUGAGGUGUGGGAUAUUAAGCUAUCUCCUUGUGGUACAUAUGUAGCUAGUGGUAGCAAGGACGGCACAGUUAUCCUUUGGCACUCCAAGUCACCUUUUGAGCAGUUAAAUUACUGGAAGCACCACCGAACUGCUGUGAGUUGUAUUGCGUGGUCCAGCGACUCCACAUACCUCGCUUCAGCGGACCGUGAAGGGGUGAUUUUAUUAUGGAUGCCUGGUUAUUUAUCUUGUGUUGGUCGUGUUGAACCGUGUUAUGGCGUACCAAUGUGUAUGAGUUGGAUUCCUAAUACUCAUACAUUUUUGGUUGGUGGUUUUGAGCGUGAUGUUGUAUUAUACUAUGUUGAGAAAGGUCUUCGUCGUGGUCGCCACCGUAACAGUCAUUACCCAGGAGCUAAUAACAGUUCAAACAGUCCUGAUAUUGCUAGCAGUGGAAAUACUCCUGAAAACGUCAAUCUUUUGGAGCACCCAUCCGGAAUCCACGAUAUAGCUGAGGGCACCAUUGAUGACAUUGAGAUGGAUGAGUCUCACUACGAAGAUAGUGAGCAACCAUUCACUGCCAGUGACAAUCCUAAUGAUCCGGCAGAUGCAACUACAAGCGUAGCUGACACUGGUGAUGUUGAAGGAUCAUAUCAUACCUGUAGCGAUUACGCUGAGAGUGACUUCACCAAUAAUGAAGCUGAAGACCCCUUUUAUUAUAUCCAUGAGGUUAAACGUGCUGUUGUUGGUUGCAGAGUAAGGAACAUUGCAAUUAAUUUCAGGGGUGAUAUUGCGGUGUUGAGUGCUCCUGAUCACGUGAUACGGUUAUUCGACAUUGUGCAGUUUACCGACUUGUCGCCACUGCCUGACAAUUCCAUAGUUACGAGUUUAUAUUGCAGCAAGCUUUACAAUCAGGUAUUGGUUAGCACCUCUGGGAAGUACCCUGUUAUGCGUCUUUGGGAUCUUGAUGAACGCAGGAUCAUACAGACCUACCGUGGUCACCGUGAGGAACGGUUUGACCUUAAAUGUGCUAUGGGCGGUCCCGAUGAGAUGUUUGUUAUAAGUGGUAGUGAAGAUGCCCAAAUAUACAUAUGGAAUAAGGUAUUCGGGUCACUGAUUCGAGUUCUAAAGGAACACACCUCAGCAGUCAAUGCGGUUACCUGGAGUAUUGUUCCAUGGUCCCACAUGUUUAGUGCAGCUGAUGACUAUCACCUCGGUGUCUGGGAAAUAAAGAAUGAUACCGAAGAAUGAUAUUAAUAUUUACGG